AUGAACACUGAACACCUAUCUGGCCUACAAGGACUCCAGUGCUUCGUCUACCUAGAUGAUAUCGUUAUUUACUCAUAUGAUCUUCAAACACACAUAAAUAAUCCUUCCAACGUCUUUGACAGACUCCGAUACUUCAAUCCUAAGCUCCAACCUGAUAAGUGCGAAUUUCUCCGAAAGGAAGUAUCAUAUCUUGGUCAUAUUAUUACCAACGAGGGGGUAAAGCCAAAUCCAGGGAAAACCAAAGCUAUUCAACAAUUUACCCAACCUCGAUGUCCAAAAGAUAUCAAAUCUUUCAUGGGAUUAGUGUCAUACUAUCGAAGAUUUAUACCAAAUCUAACCAAAAUUGCAAAACCUCUUACAAACCUUCUGAAGAAAAAUGUUCCUAUCGAUUGGCAAAAUGAGCAACAACUAGCCUUCGAAACUCUAAAAAAUUACCCAGACUUCACAAAGCCUUUCGAGUUGACUUGUGAUGCAUCAAAUUUUGCUAUUUCGGCCAUAUUAUCACAAGGUCCCAUAGGGAAUGAUAGACCUGUCGCUUAUGCUUCAAGAACUUUAAAUAAAGCCGAGUAUAACUACAGUAUAACAGAAAAGGAUUGCUUAGCAAUUCUUUUCGGUACUAAAGUAUUUAGGCUAUACCUAUAUGGCCGUCAUUUUAAAAUUAUUACCGACCACCGCUCACUUAAGUGGUUAUUUAACUGCAAAGACCCGGGGUCAGAACUAGUAAGGUGGAGGCUAAAAUUAGAAGAGUUCAACUACGAGGUCGAAUACAAAAAGGGCAAAAUUAACAGUAACGCAGACGCAUUCCGUUCCCUGUUAAUACGGUUGUACAAAAUGAUACUAUCUCAGAUCCGCAACCUUCCACCUCCCACGAAGAACCUCAAACUACUCAAGAUCCUGAACAUCCUUCAGACAUUCUCGAAGAACUCAUUGAACUGGGUGACUUGA